AUGGCAAAUAUGCAAGAGAAGAAAGAAUGGCCAGAAGACUUUGAUAAUAUCAGUCAAUUCAAAAACGGACCAAAGAUUAAACAAUUUUUAAUCACUUUUAUUCAGAAGUUUACCAUCAAAUUAAAAGUUUUAUCUCAAGUCCUGGAAAAAGAAAUUAAGUUAAAGCCUGGGAUGAUUGCAAAUACUGCAACACAAUUUUUGACUGGUAUCCUAUCGUGCUUACAAUUUGUCCCUACAGAUGGUCCGUUUAAUUUAGUUCAAGGAAUGUCAUUAAUACAAACUUUAAUUUCAGAAAUUGCCGAAAGAUAUGAUCGUAGGUCAAUUAAGAAAAUCAUUGAUCAUCUAACUCCCAACAAUGAUCGCGUUGAAUUGGCUAUAUCGAUGAUAGCUUGCGAUCUCGUCAGAAUCUACGAGCAACAAAUAUCUAUCAUUUCUGACGCAUACGAUAAUCACUAUAUUAAGAAACUGGCUGAAGAUAUGAUCGAAGCCAUCAUCGCUUAUAUUAUAGAGCAGAAAGAUAAACCACCGAAAGAACCACUUAGUUUUGCCAAAUUUAUCAGCAAAUGCAUUAUUGAACCAAAUUUUGUCAUAAAGCACAGUACAACAAACUCUGACAGACAAGGAAAACAACUUGCAAAAGUAGAUGAUAAGAAAGAAGGACUAAGAGCAGUCACCACAGAAAAAUAUAGCAGGUACAAAGGAAAGAAAGGAAGUAAAUUAAAAAUCGCCUUGAAGGAAAACGAAGAACUUUCAAAAAUUUAUUCGUCCGACUUAGUUUUGAAUACUGGGAUUAGAAUAGAGGUAGAUAAUUCUUUCAAGUAUUACGACCUGAAACGUUAUGAGAAAACUGAUCAUUAUGGCUUCCGACAAUUAUCAUUCUUCCAUGAUGGCAACAGUAGAGACUUUAUUUGUGGCCUCAACGAUAUUACUCAGCAAAUUAUGAGCAGCCCCCAAAUGCUGUUCAAUUAUCAAAGCAAAUUAAGCGGGAAUCUCGAUAGAGAAUUCUUUAUUAGUUACGCUCAACAAGUUUUAAAUGCGGCUCUGCUGAAAGAUAAAGAAGAAGUCUCUGCUACGAUCAAUGAUGAUCAAAUAAGCACAAUCACGAGAUUACUAACAGAGAAUAUUUCAAACUUAAUUAAAGAUCAAAUGGAUCAGUUUAAGGAUUUGAUUAAUCAAUGCUUAGAUGAAAGGAGAUUUAGCGAUAUGGAAAAGAUGAUUACAAAGUUUCAGAACAUGAUCACUGAUGAAGAAUUCAUUUCAACUAACUCAAAUGAUCAACGCUAUUGGAAGUCGAUUAACGCUCUUCUUCAAGAGAGUAAUGCUUUUCUUCAAAAGGCCGAUGAGAUAAAAAUGAGUCAAGAUAAAUCAUUGAAAUGUCAAAAAGACAUAAAGCGGCAGUUAGAUUGUAUCCAAUAUGACAUUUCCAACAUGAAGCAAAAUCAAUUCAUCAUUCAGCAAACGGUAGAAGAUCUGCCCGUAAAUCAACUAUUAAUGCAAAAAAAUCCCACAACUACCAUAGAUCAUGAAGGUUUUCAAUCUGCCAAUUCUAAACCACCCGAUGAGAAUACAUCACAAGAUAGCGACUGUCAGGAUCAUGAAACUACGAACAAAGCUCACGUAAAAGGUGAACUAUAUUCUUAUUUUACGACUUAUUAA